AUGGAUCUUGUAUUACACCCAGCAGUAUGCUCUGGGUCACUGAAGCGAGAUGUUCUUCUGGUUCUGCUGUGUCCUCUUUCUCCUGCAGGUCUCUUCCCCGGUGGCACAAGGGCGUCUCCUCCCAGUCCCGUUAAGCCAAUGCCCGAAAGUAUGACUGUAGAUAAUCGUAUGCAUCCAGCAGUCCGCUCUGGAACAUUGAGGCAAGAUGUUCUUCUGGCUGUGCUGUGUCUUCUUAGUCCUGGGGGCCUUUUCCUCGGAAGCACAAGAGGAGAAAACCAUCCCGAUAAUGAGAAGCUCUGCAUGUCCGGAAGGUCAGGUCCAGACAAUGAAGAAUCAUAAAGUUUAUUACAAUGAUGCUGCUUGUAUGGAACUAUUAAAGUUAUAAUUAACACCUAUGUUCAUUAGAAUUAUUUUUAUACAACUUAGUAUACAAUAUGUUUCAUUGUUAUUUAUCUAUUUUUUACUACUGUCAUAAAAAAUAGCUUCUCUAUUUUAUUCAUGGUUUUUAUGUAUAUAAAACUAUGUAUCAGUGAAUUGUAUUUAAUUUAAUAGAGACUGUGCAUAUGGGAAUAUUGUGAAUAUUUU